GGACACGCCCCAAGACGCGGGUUUCAACCCCGUCGAGCCCCUCCCUGCCGCUGUCACCACCGCCCCUACCGCCCCUACCGCUACUAGCGCCGCCACCACCACCACCACCGGCAGCAGCAGCAGCACCGCUGGCGCCCACCCUGGCGGCACCAGCUCCUCGACUGUGUCCGCUGGCCCUCCCACCUCGGGUGAUGGCAACGGCACAACGCGAGCUAAGUCCCCGCCACCGCUGCAGCUGCAGCAGCAGCAGGGGGUGUUCCGGGCUGCGGUUGAGAACGUGCUCAAGAACCCGUACAUCUGGGCCCUGUCCCUGACGUACUUCUUCAUCUACGUCGUACGGCAGGGUGUUACCUCCUGGACGGUGUUCUACCUGCUCAACGAGAAGAGCGCACCGAAUGCG